GAAAGGGGAUUAUUCCAGACCCGAGGCUUGUGAGAACUCCUGAAGAUAAGUUGGACAAAACUCGCUACUGUGCGUACCACAAAUCUCCAGGGCACAAUACCGACGAGUGUCUCGGUCUUUUAUCGGCACUCUUACGUUUAAUCGGGCAACCCCAACUUCAAAAGUUUCGAAAUUUUGAUAAUCGCCGGAAAGGAAGACCUUUGGAUCUUUCAGACGAUGAAGAUGAAGAUAACCGACCUGCUAACCAGAAGAGAGCUCGUGUAAACGAUAAGGAAGUUUUUACGUUUUCUACUCAUGUCGGAACGUCGACCGACAACUACAGGAAACUUAAGACACAUGAUUCUGCAGAUUUUUCACGAAGUAUACCCCGGGUCAACUCCAAUAACAAACAGUUAGAUAUGUCUCGACGGAAAGUUAAAGCUUAUGCUCGGGAGGCUCAGAAUGCCGAGAACCGAGUCAUGAAUGUCGAUCUUCGAGAUACCAUCAAUAAACGGAAUUGCCCCAUUACAUUUAGUAUUGAAGACGCCAACUUGUUUGCUCAUCCUCAUUCUGAUGCUCUCAUCAUAACUGCCCCAAUUGGCGGAAUUCCUGUUCAUCGAAUCCUGGUCGAUACGGGAGCGUAUUCGAGUAUCUUAAUGCUCCGUACUUUCAAAAAAUUGGGUUUGGACCCAGCAGAUAUUAGGCCGUGUAACGAUCAGAUUCAAGGUUUCAAUGGAAGCAUCUCUUGCCCUGUUGGCGAAAUAUUGCUCCCUAUUCGAUUUGGAGGCUUUGGACCGAAGUCCAAGAUUAUUAUGGAAACCUUCAAAGUUUUGGAUGUCCAAAAUGAAUAUGAUGCUGUAAUUGG